UGCAGCGCGCUAGUGUCAGUUCUUUCUGUAGUUUCUUGCUCAUGUGGGAUCAUCGAGGUGGCUACAACGGUGGAGGCGGCGGUGGAGGCGGUGGCGGGCGCGGCGGAGGCCGGCACUGGCACCAACGCGGCGGCGGUACCGGUCGCUAUGGCGGGGGCCACGGUGGCGGCGGCCGUGGUGGCGGCGGUCAGGGACCCAGUGGCGACAGCAGUUCAGGUGUUUGCUAUGGUGGAGGCUACACCAGUGGGCGUGGCGUGCACGGCGGAGGCGGAGGCGGCGGCUACGGAGGCGGGGAGGGUGGCAGAGGCGGCAGCGGCGGCUCAGGUGCCGGUGUCAGCAGCGGCGGCAGUGGCGGCGGUGCGCUGGACUUCUCCCCGCCGCCCGCCGCCGCCCGGCUGCCCGCCGACACCCGGCGGGCGGUGGACGCCUACGUGGGCCGCUUCGCGCCGCUGGUGCAGAUGGAGCUGGACGAGGAGCGGCGCCAGGUGGAGGAGCGGCUGCGGCAGUGGCCCCUGGGUCGGCUGCGGGGCGAGGGGCUGGCGCUGACGGAGCUGCGGGCGGCGCGGCGUGGGGCCUACCUGGGCAAGGCAGUGCUGCGGCUGGCGGCGGCGGAGGGCGGCGAGCUGCCCUUCCACAGAUUCACGAGCGGCACGCUGGUGACAUUGUGCCGGCGAAACCCGCUGCAGGAGCGGUGUGUGGAGGCUCUGGUGUUGGACCGGGGUCGGAGCGAGGUGCGGCUGGUGGCGGACAGUGUGCCGGCAGACCUGGCGGAGGGGCUGUGGAGGCUGGACCGCGGCGCUAACAUCACCUCCUACCAGCGAAUGGCGCAGGCGCUGCAGGCCCUGUACAAGCAGCCUGGAGCUGCGGUGCCUGGGGCAGCGACUGCCGCCGCCGGUGCUGGCGCAGACGACGAUGAGGCCGAUGAAGAGGACGAGGACGGCGGCGACGACGGCGGCUACGGAGGCGGCCAGGACGCGGGGCCCAGCGGCAACGGCCAGGGGCACGGGUAUGGGAACGCCUACGGCGGUUACAGGGGCCGUGGCGGAGGCGGAGGCGGAGGCUAUCGCGGCCGCGGUGGGCGCGGCGGCGGGCGGGGUCACAAGCGCCGGCGGCGGCAGCAGACCGAGGAGGAGGAGGAAGACAACUUGCCGCCAGGCACCCACCUCCUGGAUGUGCUGCUCGCGCCCGACGCCGCGGCUGCAGCGGCGGCGGCGGCGCUGCCUGCGCCCCUGGUUCCGGAUGCGGCGGUGGACUGGGCGGCCGCGAACGACGUUGCGCCGCGGGACCCCCGGGAGGAGGUGCCUGGCAUGGGGCUGAACCGUAGCCAGGUGCGGGCGUUGGCGCUGGCUAUGCGCCACCGGCUGGUGCUGCUGCAGGGGCCGCCAGGCACGGGCAAGACCACCACCAUCGUGCAGUUCAUCCGUUUCCUCAAGCAGGAGCUCCGCUACCCGCACCCCAUCCUGGCCGCCGCCCAGUCCAACGUGGCAGUGGACAAUUUGCUGGAGGGGCUGCUGGGCUGCGGCGUGGGCGCGGUGCGCACCGGCCAGCCGGUCAAGGUGCGGGAGGCGCUGCGCGACGCCACACUGGACGCACGCAUCCUUGCGCACCCCGCCCGGCCAGCCAUUGAGGAGCAGCAGGACGCGCUGCGGGACCUGCAGCGGCGGCUGCCCAGCCUGCGCGGGCGGGACCGCGGCCUGGGCCACCGCGACGUGGCGCGGGCGGCGGCGGCGCUGCGUCAAGCGCGUGCCGCCAUGAUGGCCGACAUUCUCCGCGGCGCGGACGUCAUCUGCUCCACCUGCGUUGGAGCGGGCGGAGACACGCUGCAGGACCUGUCGUUCGGGCUGGUGGUGCUGGAUGAGGGCAGCCAGUGCUGCGAGCCUGAGUCCCUCAUCCCGCUGGUCAAGGCCUCCCGGCAUGCGGUGCUUGUGGGUGACCACUGCCAGCUGCCGCCCGUGUGCCAGAGCGAGGCGGCGGGGCGGGCGGGGCUGUCGCUGUCGCUGUUCGAGCGGCUCAUGCGCGCGGGCGUGCCAGCGUGCAUGCUGCAGGUCCAGUACCGUAUGCACCCCGCGCUGUCCGCCUUCCCCUCCGCCCGCUUCUAUGGUGGCCGGCUGCUUGACGGCGUGGCGCCCGGGCAGCGCCCGCCGCCGCCCUUCCCCAUGCCGCCGCUGCGGGCACAGCCAGGGACCGGCGGCGGGGCUGGGGCCGGGGACGGUGGCGGUGGGCCACUCAUGUUUGUGGAUGUUGAGGACGGGCGAGAGGAGGUAUCGCAGGGCGGCAGCAAGUCCAACCGCACGGAGGCGGGUGUGGUGGUGGCGCUGGUGCGCGGGCUGCUGGGCGCAGGCGUGUCACCCGCGGACAUGGGCGUGGUCACGCCCUACCUCGCGCAGGUCCAGCUGCUGAGCAGCAUGCUGGUGGGGGUGGUGCCGGCCGGGGCGCCCGCCCUGGAGGUGUCCAGUGUAGACGGCUACCAGGGCCGCGAGAAGGAGGUGAUGAUCUUCUCCACAGUGCGCGCCAACGCCAACGCCUCGCUGGGCUUCCUGGAGGACUGGCGCCGACUCAACGUGGCCAUCACGCGCCCCCGCAGGGCGCUGAUAAUUGUGGGCAACGCGGCGACGCUCCGGCGCGGCGACGCCAGCUCGGGGGCCGCAGGCCGCUCCGAUGGCUUCUCCGGUUCCAGCAGCAGCGUCAGCAACAGCAGCAGCCUGGCGGGGUUGGGUCUGAACGGCACGGCCGCCGGCCUUGUCGACACGGCGGCUGCUGUGGGCAGCGGCGGGCACUGGGCUGCAUACCUGUCCUGGUUGGAGUGGAGGCCGGGCGGGUUGGUGGUGCGGGGACUGCAAGGCCUGGAGGCGCUGGGAUGGCGGGGGCUGGGCGGCAGGCGCUGAGGGCGCGUGUGGUCAGGCCGCUAUGGCGGGGGUUGUGAGUGUGGGAUGGACGGUGACGGGGGUAGAGAGGGAAUUGCGAGAGGUGAAAUGCAGAGGCGGUGAAAGAAGCAGGAUGUGAGGAGAGAAGCGUUGUUUGGGUGUUGAUGAAUGAUGGCGCCAGGGGCUGCAUGAAUCCAGACACACGGGGAUCUGGUGCGGAACGCAUGGGGAACAGCUGAGGGGGCAGAGGCAUGGCAUUGUUGCUCUCGUGGCAAAGUGCACGACGGCACGGAUGGACUACCUGUACGAACCUGAGCGCCUACUGUGAUGGAAAGGCAUAAGGGGCAGGAUGUCUAUUAGACGCAUGGUGGAACCGUGGAAGAUCCCUCACCAACGGCAAUUGGGAAGGGAACCAAGUGAUACCGGGGUGGGUGCGAUCGGAAACGGUACAGUGCAGGCUGGCGUAGCCGUGCAUGAUUGCGACAUUACAAAGA